AUGGGUAUUCAACUAAGUAACAGUAACAUCAAAAUAUCCAUUCGUUUCUCACUUUCCACAAUUCCCAAACAAUUGCUAAAGGGUUGGAGGGUGAGAUACGAAGGGAACGAGUGGGAUUCGGAGACCUUGAAGGUUUUUGUGGUCCCUCAUUCGCAUAAUGACCCGGGUUGGAAGCUCACUGUUGAGGAGUAUUAUGAUCGACAGUCGAGGCAUAUUCUUGAUACCAUCGUCGAGGCUCUUUCGAAGGUUUCUUUGAUUAAAUUUGUUCUCCAUGGUUGUUUCUAUGGGAGGAUUGUCUGCUAUCAUGAUGGGGUAAUGCAUACCGGUGAUGAGGAGACUCGGAAGUUCUUCAAGCAUUCUUCAGUGCAAGUUUUGCUUUGUCCCCGAUCUUCUGGAAAAGGAUAUAGCUGGGUCAAAAAGCAGGAAGCAGGAACAAUCUACACCCAUCAUCAGAAAACUGUGAUUGUGGAUGCUGAUGCAGGUCAUUAUAAGAGGAAGAUCAUAGCAUUUGUUGGGGGUCUUGAUUUAUGCAAUGGGAGAUAUGACACUCCCAAACAUCCUAUCUUUCGGACAUUACAAACUGUGCACAAAGAUGACUAUCAUAAUCCUACUUUCACGGGGCCUGUUGCUGGCUGUCCAAGAGAACCGUGGCAUGACUUACACUGUCAAAUUGAUGGUCCAGCAGCAUAUGACAUCCUCACCAACUUUGAGGAGCGUUGGUUAAGGGCUUCAAAGCCUCAUGGGCUUCAAAAAAUGACAAAGUCGCAUGAUGAUUCAUUACUCAUAAUUGAUAGAAUUCCCGACAUCAUUGGAAUUACAGAUGUGUCUUGCCUAAAUGAGGAUGGUCCAGAAGCUUGGCAUGUCCAGUUUUUUCGUUCAAUUGAUUCCAAUUCUGUUAAGGGGUUUCCAAAAGACCCAAAAGACGCCACAAGCAGGGACCUGGUAUGUGGGAAGAAUGUCCUGAUAGACAUGAGUAUACAUACUGCAUAUGUAAAGGCAAUCUGUGCUGCCCAACAUUUCAUUUACAUUGAGAACCAGUACUUCCUUGGGUCAUCAUACAAUUGGACUAACCACAGAGACUUGGGUGCAAAAAAUUUAAUACCAAUGGAAACUGCUCUCAAAAUUGUAAAUAAAAUCAGAGCAGAGAGAUUUUCUGCAUAUAUUGUCAUCCCAAUGUGGCCGGAGGGUGUUCCUACAGGUGCUCCGACUCAAAGGAUUCUUCUGUGGCAGGACCUAAAUGGCAGGUCAAUCCGAGUAAGCAUGGCUGAAGCUAGGCAAGGCGUCAGUUUUGAUCAUUGAACCUUUUGAGCUUUCUUCAACUAAGAAUACACUCAGGGUACAUAUUUAAUGAAUUUGCAUUUAAAUUGUUUGCUAUCCUCCUAC